AACUAAAAAGACAAGAAUAAUUACACUCUGGUAAUCAAAGUACAAAUUUAAAAACAUCAAAUUUCGAAUUUGAAUUAAUUUUGUUCAUUAGAAGAGAAUUUGAAACGAUACAAUUAUGGUGUUUUCUAAUUUGGAUGAGUCAGAAAUCACUGGCCCCUACCAACAAAUCAAGAAAGAUAAGAUGAAUCCAACGUCAAAGGAUUGUCAGAAACAAACUCAGCAUCAGGAAAGUAACAAGAGUGAUCAAAAGUAUGGCGUUUGGGGACCAGUUUACAAAAAUAAGCAAGAUUUCGUAAACAUGCACAUUUGUUAAUUUUUUCUAACACCAUGUAACAUUUAUUAUAUAUAACCAAUCUUUUUUUUUUUUUUCAAAAUGCUUUCUUUUUGGCACAAAAUGAAUGAACAAUUAAUUCAAAUUCGAAAUUUUCAUAAAUCAUACUUAUGGCUAGGAUAACAUAAUGGUAUUACUCUUCAUAGAAAAAAAAAAUAGAAAACUUUUGCGCGUAAUAUAUUUUUCUUUCUAAACACAAAAUCAAAAUUAAUAAGGAAAUAGAUUAACUUUUGAAAUGCAUUGAAUCAGCAUUCUAUGCAUUCCCUUCAUGUGAUAUUCAAAUAUACUAUAUUAUACUUAGAUUAUUGUAUUUAGAUUAACACUUUAAUGGCCGUACGUGUACUCAGUCAAACAUUGUCAGGGACCCGGUAGAUAAUAUUUUUCAAGAAUUAAUUUAAAAAAAAACUUUAUUGUUAUUCACGAAAAAAUUAACAUAAAACAAAAAACAACACACGUAUUGUGUGAGCGGCCACAUUAAAGUGUUAAUAUUUUAACGGGGAUAAUUGUUACCUAUAUUUGGGAAAUAUACAAAACAUAUAUUGCAUUAUGGGUAUUUUUAUUUAUUGUAUAUUCUUUAAAAUACUAUUUAUCUAUUUAAAGUACUGCACUAUUUUAUAUAAUACUAACCACUAAUAUUUAGCUAUUAAUUUAGAUUGAAAUGUGUUAAAACAUUGAUCCAAUAAACAGCAAGGCGUUAACACUUUAAAGCAAAACAAUUUACCACGAUAAUAUUGAUCGAACAAGGAAGAAGUAUGUAGAAAGAGGAAGAAAAUAAGAAUCCAAAUAUAAAUUUCAGUGGUAUGAGGUGAAAGAGGAGUAGACAAGAUCAGUAUCGAAAGUGAUGGCAUCCGGCUAACAGUGAAGAAGAAAAUCCUUAAUGCUUUGGUUAGAGACGGGAAGUAAAAGUAGUUGUAGAAGGGGAAAGGUAUGGAGAAGGUAUGGAAGCAAGCAUGAGCUUUACGGAGGGGUAAAAAGCUCGUGGAAGAGGAAAAAGCUAUGAGUCUCCCGACAAUCGUGGAUGCAUCCUUGUUGCAGUCGGUUCUUGCACGCUAACUCGUUCGUUUCUAAAGUUUGUGCGGAGCAAGCUCGAUUUAGCAUAAUUCUCAUUUUUAUUUUAGUAUUUUAUUUUUCAUAUGACCAUAUACAUAUAUAUAUAUAUAUAUACAUAUAAAUAUAUUUAUUUAUUUAAUUAAUUUAUUUAUUUAUUCAUAAACAUCCAUUCCUUGGCUAUCAAAGUCAACUGAAUUUUGUAUUUAGUUAUCAUCAAUUGAUCGAAUUUCUAAAUCGAUUUUUGUAUGAAAAAAAAGAAUGAAAAUAUAAAAGAAAGUGUGUCUUCGUUAGUAAGUAGUGAAGUAGUUCGUUCCAGACGAAAUUACAACGAAGAGAUACGAGACGAGACGAAAAGAAACGAAACGAAACGAGACUGACGCUAUUUUCGUAGCACCCUGAACAUACACCUUGAUUCAACGUAAAUGCAUCAAGAGAGACGACAACAAAAUAAAUUAUAGCUGUGAAUCAUUAAAAAAAUGAGGUCGAGAGAUUCUGUUGUUUAUACUCCAGUUUCAAUUGGACCAGACACCGAUGAUGAAGAAACUUUGGUUAAUGCGGAAGUCUACAGCAAUGACUUGGCGCAAAUUCGUGCACUGGUAGAAUCAACGGGAAUGCUCGGAGGUUCGACUUGUCCAUCAUGCGAGAUGCCCUUCGACAAAGGGAAAAAACGACGACUGAUCGAUUCCUGCGGCCACGAAAGAUGUUAUUCCUGCCUUUUCCGUAGCGAAGCUUGUCCACUGUGUUUGCGAGCUGAUCAUCAACGUGCCGAUUUCAAUGGCGACCAAGAAGAAGAAGAAGAAGAAGAAGAGGAAGGCCUUGAAGGUGGACCCUUUGGCGAGGAGUUUGUUGUUGGUUCUUCGAUCGAACCAAUGUCUACUCUUUUACCUAUGGACGGUGGUUGGAUCGAUGACUCAUCGACGGUCAAUUCCCUUUGCGGCAGCCCAAGACCACGCACUAAACUCACCACCACUCGUACUAAUUUACCGCCCCGAGCAAUCCACCAACGAGACAAUCUGGCUAGCAACGUUUCUCCUGGGGAACUUGGUAAAAGUUCAAAAAGUAAAAUGAACUCACCACUGAACUCUCAUACUCGACAGAAACCUCAAAUGACUCAGAGUUGCCCUACUCCACCUAAUCAACGAAGAAGAUUCUUUUUGAAUCCAAAAGUAUUGAGAAGUUCCUUCGGACCGCAACGAUCCUCGAGACGCGGAACGUCCUCACCUGAACCACCUACGACUGAUAAUCCUUCCGCACUAUCAGAUGACGAAGGUGGUUGUGUCAAACCAUUGUCCUCGAAAACGCGGAAAUCCUCGCAAUCGGAUCUUUAUAUGAGAUUGGGUUUAUUGCUUGGUGGAAAUCAUGGUCGAGAUAAUUCAGUUGUUGACACAUCGAAUUAUUUUCCCUGUGCGUCGAAUCGAGUUGCUGCUACUUCUGGGAUUCAAAGGCCACCGAUGCAAGGCCACGAUAGUUCGGCAGCUUCCUUCAGCAGUUUAACGAGUUUCGAAACGCAAACUUUGGCAUCAACCAACACUAGUCCAGUAUCAACGUUGACCGGUACUUCGAGCGAGACCGAAGCUGCUGCUGCUUUACGUAGCACAAACAAACCUAAAAGCAAGAUCAAAGGAAAAAGUAAAUCGAGAGAUUGCGACAGUGCCGGUAGUUUGGUUUCGAUCUCAACGUCGGCAUCGGCAUCCACGUCGAUGUCUAUGUCGAUGUCUGUUUCCGUGUCCGGUCUUUCGAACGGUAGUUCGAGUCCACUCGCACCAAGAAGACAUUCCGUUAAUGCCUCGCAAACGAACCAACAACAAACAGAGGACGUAAUCCAAUUUAAAAACAGACGAACGUGCGUCAGAAGAUCGGCCAGAGCUAGUAACGUCAAGGGAAGCAUCGACCCCAAAUUACGCUUCGUUCAGCAUCAUGCCACACAACUGACACUCAAGCCACUAUUCUUUGAAGUUCCUUUACUCGAAACGGAGCCGCUCUUUACAGGACGUCUCUGGCUCCUCAACGAAAUAUCAUCCGUGAUAAACAGCUCGAGUCCUGGUAUUUUAAUAUCCGGAUCACCUGGUACCGGUAAAACGGCACUCGUUUUGCAACUGGUAGAGCACAGUUGUUUUGGAAGGCGACGCGUGCAACCGGUUCCGCCGGAAAUCACUGAAGAGAUCGAGGAAAGAGACAAAUCGAGUACUUCGAUCACUCUUCAAUCCAAUAUAAGACGUACCAAUGAAAAGGUUCGAGAAUUGGCAUCUCACGUUGUGGCUUAUCACUUUUGUCAAGCUGACAACAAUAGCACUUGUCUAGUACCAGAUUUAAUUCACUCGUUAGCUGCACAAUUGUGUCAGGCACCUCAGCUGAUUGCCUAUAGAGAGUAUCUUUUAUCCGAACAACAUCUACAGGGUUCCUUAUCGCAAAGAGAAUGCACGGUAGAUCCGGAUCUUGCUCUUUCAAGAGGCAUCAUCGAACCGCUCUUAACUUUAAGGAAAACUAACAGAUUGCCUGAAUCUACGAUGGUAAUUCUCAUCGAUGCCGUUUGCGAGGCAGAAUAUCACAGACCGGACAGAGGUGAUACAAUAGCGUCAUUUUUAACAAGACACGCGCCUAAUUUCCCUAGUUGGUUGAAAGUCAUCUGUACGGUUAGAACACAAUUAUUAGAAUGCGGCAAACAACUUCCAUACACGAGGAUUUCCUUGGAUAAAAUUUCAAACGAUGUUGCCGGUAACAACGUCACCAAGGAUUUGUCCGAUUACAUUAGUUAUAGAUUAGCUCAAAGUCCAGCAAUACAAACAAACGUAACUGCAUCCGUCAACGGAAAGACGGAAUCAUCUUCUAGCGCUAAUCAAACAAGGUUCGCCUCUCAUUUGUUGUCACUAGCGAAAGGAAGUUUCUUAUUCGCUAAAUUGACACUUGAUCUCAUCGAAAGUGGACAUCUCGUUGCGAAAUCAGCGAGUUACAAAGUUCUACCAGUUUCCCUCGCACAAAUCUUCCAAUUGCAUUUCAACCUGAGAUUUCCUACAGCGACCUCGUUCGAAAAGGUUCAACCUCUCUUAGGCGUGUGUUUGGCUGCUUUGAAUCCACUGACACUGCCAGAAAUUUAUUAUUCCAUUAAUUCACUAACUACAAAUCACUUCGUUUCGGAGGAGGAUUUCAUGCAGAGAUUCAAGAUGCUCUCUGGCUUUCUCGUGAAACGACUAGACAAUACCUACAUGUUCUUCCAUCCUUCGUUCAGGGAGUGGUUAAUGAGAAGAGACGAAGGCGAAUCAACCAAAUUUCUAUGCGAUUUGAGGCUAGGUCAUGCUGCUAUUGCAUUUAGAUUAUCUCGUCUGCAAGCACCAUUGGAUGGUGAAAAAGCUUUGGAACUUGGACAUCAUAUAUUGAAAGCUCACGUUUACAGGGGUGUCGCUCCAUGCUGGCCUUCACGCGACUUACAAGCUAUCUGGCUGACUUCAGCUACGGAAUGUGUUUCCGCGGCACUGUGCACGCUACGUAAUAUUUAUAGCCCUAAUGUAAAAGUAUCAAGAUUGCUUCUGCUGGCAGGAGCAUCACCGAAUCACAUCACAGAAUAUUUAGGCAACGCACCGGUACUUUGUAUGUAUGCUCACGAGGGUUCAGUCGAGAUGGUGUCACUUCUUUUGGAAUUUGGUGCCGAUGUUGAACUGACUAACAGUCAAGGAUGCACUGCCUUAUCGCUCGCAGCAGCACGAGGACACUGUGAUGUCGUUAGAAGAUUAGCCGCAGCCGGAGCAUCGCUGGGCCACGUGGACAUGGCAGGACAGUGUCCAUUGGUUCAUGCAGCAAGACACGGUAAAUUAUCCGUAGUUGGUUAUCUCUUGGCAUGCGAUUGGCUCGUUCCCAGCGGUGGGAAAACUGCUGAAAACGGAUCGUCAGAGAUACGAAGGGAAGAAGCUGCACAACAAGCUGUUGUAGCUGCUGCUGCUCAAGGCCAUGAAUCAAUAGUCGAAUAUUUGUUGGAUAUGGCCGAAGUGAUAGUCGAUUUACCGGAUACGUUGAUCGGUGAAACUGCAUUGACUGUUGCUGCAGCAAAUGGUUCAACCACAACAGUGUCGGCACUUCUUGCUCGUGGUGCAAGUCCAUUGGCUGUUAACGCGAAAGGUCUCUCACCGUUGAUGCUUGCAGCUAGGGAAGGCCAUUGGGGAACUGCCGAAAGACUUCUACAAGGAACAUUAUCCAGUAGCACGGACACUGUGCUCGAUGACGCGUUAACGCUUUUGGAUCAACGCGAUCUAGCUGGUCGAACUGCGCUAAUGUUGGCUGCAUCGGAAGGCCAUAUCAAUCUGAUUGAACUGUUCUUUGAAAAAGGAUCCGUACUCGAAGCUAAAGACAACGAAGGUCUUACUGCUCUCUGUUGGGCUUGUGUCAGAGGAAGACUCAAUAGUGCACAAAAUCUUCUUGAUCACAAUGCUGAUGUUAAUACGAGCGACAACACUGGUAGAACUCCUUUGGAUUUGGCUGCUUUUCAGGGUAAUCCAAAACUCGUACAAUUGUUACUGGAAAAAGGAGCAGCUAUCGAACACGUUGAUCUACACGGUAUGCGACCAUUGGACAGAGCAAUUGGUUGCCGUAACAUACCAGUUGUUCAAUGUUUCUUACGACGUGGUGCAAAGCUUGGACCAGCGACUUGGGCAAUGGCAGCUGGCAAACCAGACGUCUUGUUAAUACUGUUAAAUAAACUUUUGGAAGAUGGGAAUGUUCUUUAUCGAAAGAGUCGUUUGAAAGAAGCGUCACAUAGAUAUGCCUACGCUCUGAAAAAAUUCCCAGUCUCGCCUGAGGAAGACUGUCAAGGACAGGAACAGAAUCAUAUGAUGUUGCAGCUACAAAGUUUUGCGCAAUUGAAAUUAAACUUCUUGCUAAAUCUCAGUCGGUGCAAACGAAAGAUGAACGAAGGAGCAGAAGCCAUUGAACUUGCCGAAGAAGCUCUGAAAGUUCGACCAACGUCUUACGAAGCUUUUUAUGCUCGAGCAAAGGCUCGUGUUGACGUUGGUUUGUUUGAGGAUGCCAUGUCUGACGUACAAGAAGCGCUUCAUAUUGCACCUGCUCAAAAUCGACAAGAUCGUCGUGUUUUAAUAGUUCUAAGAGAUGAAAUAUUGUCACGAAUGGACGAAGUUAGCACGAACAAAGAAUCCAGUGAUUGCAAUAAUCGAACGCGUCUUCGUGCCUCCGUCGACACGCUCACGGAAUUAUAAAUUUGUAAUCAUUAUCUUUUUUAGAUUAUUAAUACGUGAGCUUUUUUUUAUUUUUUACA